AUGGCCGUCGUCAGGACCUACACGGGGUUGGCGACGACAGUGUUUUGGAUGAUUCCCUCGCGCCCCACAGCAGUAGACAGCCUAUGCUUUCCGGACGGAAGCUUCUCUCGCAGCUACUGCUGCAAGCCGCCAGCAGGGUCCACAGACUGCUGGGACACCUGGAACACCUACCAGUUCUGCUGCGGCAACGAGCCUCCGAGUGACCAGCUCUUGGACAACUGCAGUGCUUAUGUGCGAUGGUGCACACCAGGAGUUUUCUCGCCGGCUUGCGACCUCGCUGCAGAUGCCCUCAUUCAAUCGUUGGGCCUCCUUGCAGAGAAGGCACCUGCUUGCCACAUGCCACGCUGCUGUGGCUGGGCACUGCUACGAUCCUGGGAUGCACAGACGCGCGAGACGCGAAACGACAAGCUGCCCCUGGCCAGCCGUGUCGCAUGGUGCACAGAACGAGCUGCGAUGCUGCAGGCGUGGGAUCCGCAACGGUUCUUGCCUCACGACGGGCCGAGCGACCUCGAGCACCGGAGGGCUGCCAGUAUGUUUCGGCAUUGGUUGCAGCACUGUCGCGCCUUGCAGCAGGAGCGCUUGCUCGAAUUCCGGCCGCUGCUCAAGGAGCACUUGCUGAACUCCAUGCACAGUGAUUGGCCGGCUGGCACUGCAGACGGCAAGGUGGGACUGCUAGUGGCCGUGGCCGGGCCUGUUGCCGACGAAAUGGCGGACUUCAUCAGGUGGUGGAAGUGCUAUGCCGACCGCCACGGAUACCUCUUUCUGCAAGACGAUGAGGAGCCGGAUGACAUGGUUCCCCCGGCUUUUGCACAGCUGCUGGCAGCGACUGCAGUGCGUGGUGUGGACAGGCUAAGCCUCCACACCCUGAAACGGCAAGUCUCCCGAUACGCCUGGCUGAAGUGGCUUUCCGCCAAAAGAUAUCUCGGAGAAGUGGAUUGGCUUCUGCUGGUCGACCCUGACAUGUAUCCGACUCCUGGAUGUGGCAUGGAUGUGCCCGUAGUCGAAACCUACGAGAGGAUUUGCAGCGGUACAUCCGCGUGCAGCGUGAUCUCCAAUGAUAUGUGGCCACGAGAUUGGGCCGUCAUUGAGAAGGAGAGGCGCCAGGUGGGAGGCGGCUAUCUUUCUGGUGGUCAGGACAAAAAUGCCGGGUUCACCAUAAUCCGGAACGAUCAGUUGGGACAUCUCUUCCUGGACCUCGUGCUGGAGCGGAGGUCGUGGUUCGGGCUCGGAAUGCCCGACCAGGAUGCAGCCGGGGAAGCAUUGCUGGAGCUUAUAUCCCUGGAAAACUCGUUAUCCGGCAAGACGACCUACGACAAUGGCUGCAUGGUCAACAUGUUCUUGACACCUGCAAGCUCGCUUCUGCUGCCGAAUGGAGAUUCCGUGUCCAGCUACCGCCCGGCCGACUAUGGCAUGUGCUGGCUGCGCCUCUCAGUGGAAGUGGCAGGACCAGUCGGACAUCGGCAAUCAGCUGUGGUUGGAUUUACGAACCCGUUGCUUGCGAAUCUGAAUGUGAACCCAAUAUUUUCACAGAUUUGGCCGGUGCCACCGGGGGGGUGGAGUAGUCGUCCUUCGGGUCCUGCCAAGGCACCUCGGAGCAGCAACGAUGCCACCAUGGUGUUCCUGCAUUUUGCAGGGGUUGGCGAGGCAAAGAAAAGCCUGAUGGAGUGGUUCGCGCUCGCCUACUACGGGCUUCGUCCAAAUGCAAGUUGCAGCGAGUUGCAGGAGGUUUCUGCACGCCCUCGGCGGAAGCAUCAGCCGCGCUGUGCCGUGCAGAGACUGUCGCAGUCGAGGCAGAAGAGCCACGCCUGCCGCUGCAGCGGUGCUUGGCAACCAGUGCUGCAGGCCCUGCGCUCAACGAAUGCCUCGGGCGCUGGCUGCAGCUUGCGCCGCGACGACAGCGCUUGUGCAGCCGGGCGGGCAUCAGCCGUUGCCGCUUGCGCCAGGCUUGCAAUGAUCCGGCAGAGAUGGAAUUCUGCAGAGGUGCUCCUGCAGAGAGCCCUUCGGAUUUCGCUCAGUGCUACCGAAUGUGGAAGCUCCGCCUGGCCAACGCCGUCUGUUUGGUCCGCAAACCUCUGGGCUCUGAAACGCCGCGAGCUGAUGUGCAAGUUGGCAGAUUGCGCAGCCGUGAAGUGGACUUGGGAAGAUUCAGGGCUCUUCUCAGCCGACCCAGCGCUGCCAGCAGCCCAUGGCCAAGCUGCUCUGGCAGCGGCGCAAUGGGCGACCGAAGGCUUGCAGAACGAGCUUGCCUUCUGGAAGUUUUGGCUGGGGAAACACAAGGAGGGCAGCUGGGUGGCUGCAUCGAGCAGGGAGGACUGGACCUACGACGACCUCUGCGCACUCGCGCCGCGGCCGUUCGCUAGCUUGCUGAACGCUGGAAGUGGACCUGUCGUCCCUGGAGACAUACAUUGCGAGGAUGGGACGAUCGAAGUCAUCUCCACGGACGGCUUGGCCGACUUGUACGAACGCCUCUACGAGCAGCUCGACCUCUCACCUCCGAAAAAGUUGAUGCACUGCCCUUUGGAGGAGCUGAGCACGUGCCUUCCCAACCAGAAGUUUGACCUGGUCCAUGUCCGCAACGCGCUGGACCACGCUUUGCAGCCAACCCGUGCCAUCCGAGAGAUGCUGAAGGUGACCCGACCUGGCGGUCAAGUUCUUCUUCGACAUGCCAGGGAUGAAGCCGCGUACAUGAACUUCACCGGCAUGCACCAGUGGUCCUUUGAGCGGGACGAAGCGAGUCCGCAUCACGCGCAGCUGCUCUUUGGAAGAGACAGGCACCACGUGGACCUGCACACAGAAUUUCGACGAGAUGCCUCAGUGUCAUCCUCCCUUGUGUCCUUGACGUCCCCCGGGGCGACGUUGGACAGAAGAGCUUACGUUUUCGUGGAGUUGAGAAAGUCCUGA